AUGAAUAGCAAUGCCGACUCGCAAGGGUCAUCUCGCGCGGUUCCUAAUUCUCUCCAGCUUAUGUGGCCAUCCUUACUGCCGGCAGACAGUCAUGGUACCUCUAUACCGCAAUCAUUCAGCUCGACGAUGACAAGUGAUUCCAUCCCGAGAGCAUCGGCCGGGGCGAUCUGUGGUAAUUAUGAGCUCGCCUUGCCAACCUUUGCACCGGCGGAGCAUUCCACUGCCGUAUUGCCGCAAGUAUCAUGUCCCACGGGGAGAGGCAAAUCCGUCGCAAAGAAAUCUCUCAACGCCGUCGGUAACACUCACGAGCUCUUCACGCCUUCCUCGGUGUAUGCACAACAGUCCAAUGCUGAAUCAUCGCUGGCACCUAGUUUCACGAAGACAGGCAAAUCUAGCUCCAAUCCAGCUCACGAGGACGCGAGUCCUACUGAGCUCAUCAUACCAACUAUUGCACCCGCCGACCAUCCCGCGAAGAUGUUUCCGGGAGCUCUCGACACCAGGAAAGGAGGCAGAAUCAAUUCAAAACAUCCACCGUCCGUGGUAGCUGGCUCUCCCGAACCCAUCAUGCCAAGCUCUUUCCUGAUGAAGCAUGAAACUGCACUUUCGUCGCAAUCGUCCAGCUCCGCUAAAAGGGGCAAAAGCAAUCCAAAGAACAAUCCUCGCAUGGCCGUUGAUUCUUCCGAGCCUGUCGCUCAAGGCUUUGUGCUUGCAAAGCCCACCAUAACCGUGGGGCCGCCAGCAGCAGAUAUCACGAAGAAAGGCAAAGACGAUCCAAGGGCGUGCGCUCACAUAACAAAUGCCUCUCUGGGGACUGUAGCACCGACCGAUAAGGUCGAGUUCCCUACGAUAGCUGGGAUGAUUAAAGCUUUCGGGCCAGCCUCUGAAGCAUGUAUCCGUGCUACUGGUUUGAAGCCAAGAACGCACUCCGUUCUCUGGGACAUUUAUCGGAAUUUCGCGCAUCUCUCUUGGGCGACAGAGCUCGAAUUUAGACUUGCAUGCACAUCUGGGCUAGCAGAAAGGUUAGCGGAGGCCAUGAAGAAGGAUUUACGAUAG